AUGAAGGGUUUCUACGCCCUAGUCAUUCUAUUCCUACAUGGACUUGUAAUGGCACCGUUAGAAGGGAACCUAGUUGCCUUCGAACCUAUUGAAAGUUCCAUUGAAUUUGGCAAUGGUCCAAUAUUGCGAGAUGCAAGCGAUCCCCCCAAAGUAUACAAGGAGCUGUCACAAGCCUACGAGCGUGGAGCCGACAGAGUUUGCGUCAUUAAUGUUGGCGACAUCAAGCCUCUGGAAAUUCCUCUGUUAUUCGCCCUGGAUCUUGCGUGGAAUACGUCCCGGUUUGAUUUCGAUACUAUUCCCUUAUACCUGAAAGCCCUAGCCACGCGAUAUUUUGGUGAUAAGUACUCCGACCAGAUUGCAUCGGCUUUGAUGGAAUAUAGCCACCUAGCUGGUCUGCGCAAAUUUGAAAUGCUGGAACCAACGACAUAUUCCAUGCUCAACUUCCGAGAGGCCGAGCAGGUGCUCGAUCGGUGGAGAAACCUGGCCACGAAAGCACGAGAAAUUCAGCAGUCGUUACCUAGCGAGCGCCACAAUGCUUGCUAUCAUCUCCUAACUUAUCCCGCGACGGCGGGAUUCAACUACUACCAAACAAUCCUUGGCCAAGGCAAAAAUCGCCAGUACAGCUUCGAACGCCGUAACUCAGCCAACAUGUAUGACGACCUUGAAGAUGGCAAAUGGGAGGGCAGCAUGUCGACCCCCAAAUUUGAUAUGGGCAUUGCAGACUGGCGUCCCUCAUCACGAGAUGUCGUCGCAAAUCUAUCGUAUGUGCAGCUACGACAGGACUUUGAUUACGCGUUUGGCAGCCUGGGUAUCUACGUCGAGCUGUCCCUGAGUGCUUAUCGCCAAGGUCGGAUCUGUGGGUCUAUCAAUCCUUCCCUACUAACUGAGGAAGGCUUUUCACCAGUACUCCCACUUAUGGAUCCCUACGGCCCAAAAUCACGGCUCAUUGAGCUCUUCCAUCAUCUCCCAGGCAUCAGGCAUACUCUCGAAAGAACACCCGAGGAACACCUCGAAGUCUUGAUUGACUGGCCCGCUGUCCCAACCAACUUAACCGAGACAAUUCAGCUACAUGUAGAAUGGGAACCGUCUCCUCCGUAUUUUGAUCUAAUCCACAUUCCAAUCCGCAACCACCGCGUCCCGACCAACUUCACCGGGUUCCCUGAGUCAGGCAGCUUCGUGUCCAUGGAAGGCCCAGAUUUCCAACGCUCCUCAUCGGCUACUGUAUCUUUCAAACAUAUUCCGUAUCUAGGGUCGCGAGCUCGGUCUGGAUCCAUCGCACUCCGGCCGUACAUGCAAGCUCGAGAAUCUGAAGAAGGCGCAAGAUCUGCGUGGGUUGAGUACGAUUUCUAUCUCUUCAACUCGACUAAAUCAUUCAAUGUGACUGUAUACGUCAAUGGUGCCCUGGACACAGAUCCAAACCUACCGAUGAAAUUCUCGUUAUCAAUCGAUGGUCAAGAAGCGAACUUCACAAGACUACUGGCUGAGCCUGAAGAGGCUGGAGACACGGCUUCUGGGUGGACCGAGGCAGUGGCGGACCAUGUUUGGACAAGAGAUAUCGAUAUUGCCGCCCUUGAACAGGGUCCGCAUAUACUCAAGUGGGCUGUCAAUUCGCCAGAGGUGUAUCUGGAGAAGAUUAUUCUUGCGCUAGAUGGGCAGUUAGAUAGCUAUCUCGGCCCACCAGAGAGUGCACUAGUAGGUUGA